CGCUUAAAGGGGGAACUUGAGUAGCUGCGGACGCCUAGAGGAAGCGGCUUCCUAGGGCUCCGCAUUGUCUUUGACGGUCCUUGGAGGGAUAAAAACAGUGUGGCGUGGGCACAAAGAGGAUGGGCAGUGUUAGGUUGGUGCCACUGGAGAGGACGGUGUCCAGAAGUCUGUGUAGAAAGAGCAGUACCAGGAUGAAGACUCAUUCAGGAAACAAAGAGGUGCUCCAGGGGAGGGUACGAUGCCCACGACGGGGACCGCAAUGCAAGGAGGUAGCACCUGGAAAGAGGGCACCGAGAGCUGUCGCCGCCUCCCAGUGAAAGGCCAGUGCCGGGUGAAGGCGCGCUAGAUCAGUGUCCAGAAGAGGGUAGUAUAGUGGGGUGACAGGCAGUACCAAGUUCAAUUGGCAGCGUCCGAGGGGAUCAGAGUGUGAGGUUAGUGCCAAGCAGGGCCAAGGGAAGACGCGAGUGUUGAGGUGAAGCCCCAGGGGAGGGCACAAAGCGGGCUUUCCUUUCCCUGAGAGUGACAUCAUGGCAAAUUCCCAAACCGGACGGACCCGACUCGGGUGACGUCUAGCUGGUCAGAGCCAGCUCGGACCAGCGUGGGGGACUUUGGUGGCAGUCCGAGGGGCUGGGCACUACGUCCCGCUGGGCGGGCGCUCCGCGGGCGGGGCUCUGCUCCACCCGCCUGCUGCACGGACUGUGCCCUCCGCCGGCUUGCGGACCGCAGGGCAGGGCUCGUCCCGGGCUGGGUCAAGGAUCAAGGUUCCUGGCUGGGUUAGGCCCCCAGGCUUUGCAAGCUUCGGGAUCCGGGAUCUGAAGAGGGCGCCGUAGAGCCGGUCGCAGCGCGGUACCCGCCGGGGGUGGGACCUAGUUUGUCCCCGCCUUGGGCGGAGUCACCGGGCUUUGAGACUCGCCCACCAGGCCCGAGCAGCUCCGAGGUGGCCUUUCCCGGCGGAAGUUCAGGAGCCCCGAGGGGGGAGGCAGCGGAAGUGGCCGUGGUCCUGCAGCCUGUGCGCAUGCGCCCCCUGCCCGGUUGCCGCUUUUGGGGCGGUACUCUGCCCUGUCUUCUUUUCUCCACGUGAGGGGGUGCGCGAAUUCCCAGUGGUGGCCGCGCGCUCCGCACCUCUGCAGCUCUCGUGCCCCUUACGAUGGCGGGCAUCCUGUUCGAGGAUAUUUUUGAUGUGAAAGACAUUGAUCCAGAAGGCAAGAAGUUUGACCGAGUAUCUCGGCUGCACUGUGAGAGUGAGUCUUUCAAGAUGGACCUCAUCUUAGAUGUCAACAUUCAGAUUUACCCCGUGGACUUGGGUGACAAGUUCCGGCUGGUCAUAGCUAGUACUUUGUAUGAGGAUGGUACCUUGGAUGAUGGCGAAUACAACCCCACAGAUGACAGGCCUUCCAGGGCUGACCAGUUUGAAUAUGUAAUGUAUGGGAAAGUGUACAGGAUUGAGGGGGACGAGACCUCAACCGAAGCAGCAACACGUCUCUCUGCAUAUGUGUCCUAUGGGGGCCUGCUCAUGAGACUUCAGGGUGAUGCCAACAACCUACAUGGAUUUGAGGUGGAUUCCAGAGUGUAUCUGCUGAUGAAGAAGCUGGCAUUCUGAACCUCGUGGGAAACCAGCCGUGCUGCUUUGUCACUCAAGUCGUGGACGUUGUUCAACCCUGAGUAGAAGCUGGCGGUGUUCGCCUUCAAAAGGACUGACUCUGUGUCCACUGUGGGUGCGUCUUCAGUCUGUCUGAAUUCGGUGGAAAACUCACUUGUCUGUGAAAAGCCAAGUGGGAGAGCUUAGCAUGAAUCUCAAGUUGUGUCUGUGUGUGUGUGUUUUUUAUUAAAGUUUACUUUUUCAGACUCUUUUCUGAAUUGGGAGUAGAGGCAUCCAGGGUUUUGCUUUUGCUGUGUAGCCCAGACUGGCCUUGAACUUGAUCCUCCUGCCACUGCCUUCUGAGUUUCUGGGAUUAUAUCACACCUGGUUUAUGCAAUGCUGGGUCUCAAAUCCGUAGGCCUUCUUUCUGUGUGCUACAAAGCAAUCUAAAUGAAUCCUCUGUUUCUCUCUCUCUCUCUCUGUGUGUGUGUGUGUGUGUGUGUGUGUGUGUACUUCUACCAUCUGGGGAUUGAAUUGAACCUUUCUUUUCUUCUUUUUUUUUUUUUUUGCCAGCCCCCCAGUUGUCUCUUGAUCUGGGUUUGUCACAGGAGCUGGUUGCCCUGCUGGGAUGCCUGGGGUGUUUCCUUCCCCAUCUUUAUUUUUAGUCUUUACAAGAGGUGUUAGAAACAGUGUUUAGAGAAAUGGGUUGAAAAUGAGUGGCCUCAGCAGGGAAGAGCAAAGAGGGUUUUUUUGUUUGUUUGUUUGUUUUUUAAACUUUCCACAGUAGGGUGUGUGUGAUACAUUGGGGGUUGGGAUGAAUCUUAAUAGAAUCUUUCAAUCAUCCCAUGGAGUCGGGUUUUUGAGGUGUUGAAAAAAGAUGGAUUAGAUUACAGUGGGAGGCCCUCAUCAGAAGUCGUGAUAGAAUGUCAAAGUAGACAGACUGUCCCUGCAAGGAAAAGGGAGACUUAAGUAGAAAUGUGCUUUGCUUAUAAGCCUUUAAAAACAUUUUUCAAACAUUU